CAGAGGAAGGAGAGUUAAUUGGUUGUGGUUAUUACUCUUUGUUGUGUCAAUUGAAGACAAGGGUGGAACAUCUUAACCGGAACAAUACAAUGGCUCGACUUAGAAAACCUAAACGAACAGGAGACGAAGUGGAUGAUUGCCAACCUUCAACAUCUAAAUCCGCUAAACUGGAUAGCUAUGGUUGUGUGAACUGGAACCCUACUGAACUUCCUGAAAGGGAAACCUUUGAUUCUUUAGAGAUAAAGAGACAGGAGAUUCUUAGUCUAUUUUCCCAAGAAGGACCUCGUGCAGCCGAGCGCAGCAAAGUCCAGGAAUUAAUGAAAAUGACAUACAUUGCACAACGUCACAGCAUUAAUGCCAGCCCUCCACCCAGUAUCUCAGAUCUUCAGGCAAGGUGGCCUUUUCUCUUUACGAAGAGAUUCUUAUGCGCUCAUUUUAAGGAACUGACUGGGAUUGAUCCUGACAUCAGAUUUAAGGACUCCCUUUGUACCAAAGGGGAAAGGAUUCUCUGCUUCUUCAAAAAUCUUCAGUCCAGGUGGGGAAAAGAAGUUAGAGCAGUCCUCAAAGACAUCGACAGAGAGGGCAGAGAUGUUGACCCAGGCCUUGCAGCGGUUCUGUUAAUGAUGGCCCACUUCAAAGAAAAGGAGGAAUCACUGUUCUUUUUAGCAGAUGUCACAACCACCCCAAAAGAUGCAGAGACCAGUCUUUCACUUCCUUCUACUCCAAGGCUGAUCAUGCUUGGUAAGAUCCUUUACAACAUGACUUAGCAAUGUUUAAGAGAUGGUUUAGAGCUGCACGAUUAAUCGUUAAAAGAUUGUGAUCGCGAUUCAGACAAAUAAAUGUCAAUGAUGAGUCUAUCAACCCUUUGACUAAAAUCUUAACGUUCAAAUCUGCGUUUGCGCUGCCCCUGAAGUAGAGAAAGUAGUUGUCAUUUAAGGUAAGAAAAAGCUCCGCAGUCUUUUCAACCACACAAUAUCAUUAUUUCAGUGUUACAAAUAUUGUAAUUAUAAGUACUGGGAUAAAAGUUUAUAGAUUAUGAUCAAAAUAGAGCAAAUCAGCUGUUUAAUCUAACUUCGCACUUAAAGUAAAACUUUUUAUGUUUUGCCACUAGGUGGGGACUAGUGACAGUGAAAAAUGUUAUUUGACAUAGAAUCAUACAUUCAAAAAGAUUGAACAAUUCAUUGUAACAGUAAAUUGAUCAAGUGGUGUAUUUAUUAAUCCGUCAUUGAAGCAUUCAUUAAAACAGAUUUCUUUUUU